AUGAGCUCCCUCGUGACGCUGCUCGCGAGCGACAGGUGUUUGAGCGCCGCGCACACGCGCGACUCGUCACGCGCGAGAGCGUCGUCGUCCAUGUCCGCGGCCGCGGUGAGGAACCGCGCGAGGUCUUUGAGCUCUUCCGCGCGGUCGUCCGACGUCAUCGCCGCGGCGUCCGGCUCGACGAUCAGAUCCUCAGACGCCGCCUCCGAGGCGGCGUCGGCGGCGUCCGAGAUCGCGUCGGCCGCGCGAGGAUGGAGCCUCGGGUCCCCACCACGCGGCGAAGGCGCGAGGCGCGACGGGGCGGGGACGGGGACGAGUCCCGGUCCCGGUCUGGAGGCGCCGACGCCGACGCCGCCGAGGCCGGCCAGGGAGGCCGCGGUGAACAGCGCGCUCCCUCGCGGCGGCGUCGGCGCCGCCGAACACGAAGGUCGACGGAGCGACGCGCGUUGUCCGGGCGGCGUGCUCAUCCCGCCGCCGCCGCAGCGCCCGUCGCCGCUGCAGCGCCCGUCGCCGCCGCAGUGCUCGCCGCCGGCGUCGCAGCAGCGCGGGAUCGUCUCCAGAUGGAUCAAGCCGCCGAGCGGGGGCGCGCGCGCGUCGUCGAACGCGCGUCGCUUUUUGAGGCGCGACCCGUCGGCGUCGCCGCGCGCCGCCGCCGCCGCCGCCGCCGCCGCCGCCAUCAUCCACGCCCUCGCGGCGGCGUUCAGCGGAAGGUCGCCGCCGCCGCCGCCGCCGCCGCCGUGUCCGACAGCGACGAUCCCGUGACCUCCGCGCGCGUUCGCGUUCGCGUCGUCCG